UGUGAAAUCAAAUCGGAGAAACUCCACCUCACAGUCUUGAGCCAUAAGCACAACCCCUGAAGAGAAACCCACCCCACAACCGAGUGAUCUCAAAGGCUUGAACUAAAACCAAGCUACAUGAGCUCAGAGCUGCUGCAGGACUGAAAACCCAAGAGCUGUCACAGCCAGAGCCAGUCUUAGUGGGAGCUGCGAGCAGGAAUGCUGUUCUUGGGAAGUUUCAAAAUAAUGAAGUGGAGGCAGCUUUUCUGGAUUGCGUUCUGUGUUGUGGAGCUGUGUGGGAACACUUCUGGGAGCCCAACAGACACCCCCACACCGACAGCCACGGCCGUGGCAACGAAAGGCACCAGCAGCUCAGCAGCCACCGGAGCCCCUGGAACCCCCAGCAGCGCCGAGCCAACACCAGAGACAUCUGCUGCGACCGGGUCCCUGGCAGCCAGCCCCACCUCCCCGGGGCUCAGCAGCGAGCAGCCGAGCCCACAGCCCAGCCAAACCCCCACGCAGGCGCUGGGCACCCCCUCAGACCCGCACCCCACGAGCCGAGGGGUCCCCACAACCGAGAGCCCAGCGACGCGACCCAGCACGGUGGCAGAAACCCCGGGGCCCACGGCGGCUGAUACGAGCUCUCCUGCCACCUCGGAGCACCCUCCCAUCUCGGCUGCCACCACGCCACAGCACGCGGUCGGGGACAGCCCCAAGCCCAUCACAUGCCACAAUGUCAAAGAAGUGAGUGACACCAGAGCCAUCUGCUUGCAGCUCAAUGAGUCCGUCACUUGCAAACAUUUUUUAGAGAUGAAGGGAUCAGACUUAUGGAGUGUAAUAUGUGAAGAGAGCGACUACAACAUUCCUCCUCCCUGCCGGAUUAAACUGGCUAAAUCUGAGGUGGACCAUGACUGUCUGCUCCUCAUCCUCGUCGGUGAGACAGAUCCUGCUACAGAUAUGCUCCAGGAGUCUCACUGGGAAAAGUUUGGAAUAAAAUCCCUUAAACGAGCGAGUGUGAGGAACCACCAGGACUUUUCUCAGAAGACCCUGAUCGCCUUGGUCACAUCUGGACUGAUGCUGGCGUUCCUGGGCUUGGCUGGUUAUUUCCUGAUGAAGCGGCGGAGCUGGAGCCCGGCGGGAGAGAGGCUGGCUGAAGACCCAUAUUACACGGAAAACGGUAGCCAGGGAAAUACGAUGUUGAUGAUGCCCCCCCAAGAGCACCCUGAGCUGCAGGAGAAGCCAAACCUCAACGGUGGGACGCAGGAGAACGGGACUGGCCAAGCGUCCUCCAAAAACGGCCACUCGGCCAGGCAGCACAGCCCCGCCGACACCGAGAUGUGACCCGGGCAAAGCGCAUCCUCAGCACGGACCGAGAGGGGAGCGGAGAGACAAGGGAGGGCAAGAGUUUUCUAUGGACAGUUAGGGAAUUGCAGACCUUUUUUUUUUUAUUUUUUUUUUUUUAUUAUUAUUAUUAUUAUUUCUGUGAAGAACUUCAAAAGCAGCCUAAAGCACAUUAAACACCAGAGCUGCCAAAGACCUGCUUCUCUGCCUCCUCCUGCUUCUCCCAUUGACCACACAGGAUACUUUUUUGCAGCUGUUCUCUGAUUUUGUUGUUAGAAGAACAUAAUGAGAAAUGCAAGUGCCCUUAGCCCCGAACAGCUUUUAAGCAGAGGCAGACUGAAGCUACAAAAGCCCUGAGCCAGACUCCAAACAGCCAAAAUUUUUGGUGGCAGUGUGUCAGGUUGAUUGAAGUAGUUAAAUUGGGAUUUCAGUGACAAAAACCUCUCAGGUUUAAGAUAAUUUUGGUUAACAGAGCUAUUUUUUAUCUCAUCUUUAUGUUUGAGUGCAGGAUUUCUUCCUUUUUUAAGAACACCAGGCAUUUAAUCCCCCUUCUUGUGCUUUAGGUCUUCUUUAGUAUUUCCUACUCCGGCAGAAUUUGCUGAAGCUCUGUGUAAAACUUUCCACGCGGAAUUGAAGACUGAAAUGUGAAUAGACCUCAAACUUGUUUCUUUUGCAAUCCUACUAGUACGCAGGUAGUUGUUUUAGAGUAAAAAUCUCCCCCCAGUCCCUUCGUGUCAGGGACUGGAGGUGGCGUUUUUGCAGCCAGAGCCAGCCAUCAAUGUCUUGAGUGAGAUAGAGACCGUUUGAUCCGGCUGGAGACGGCUCUGCAGACGCCUGGGGCUGGCAGUGCUCCCCCAGCCCCUCCCGACACGCUGGGGUUAGUGCCUAGGGUGGGAUUUUGGGGAUUAAAACAUGCCAAAGGGCUCCCAGCGGGACGAAUGCUAGACAGAAACCCGGCUCUGCUGCGGGUGUUUCUCCCUCUGCAUGAACAAAAAGAAGUGGGUUUUGUUUGUUGUUUUUUUUUUUUUUUUUUUCCUUUGGUAAGUGAAGCCCAACACCAAAUUCCCAACAGCCGGAGCAGGUCCCACCUCGCUCUGCACUGAUCCUGCUCCCGAGGCAAGCGGUGCUGCAAGCCGCCUUGCCGAGGUUGGGCUACGUGCAGCUCGGUGAGAGCCAGGGGCAGGUUUGUGCUCGGCCCCGAGCGAGUGCAGCUCGUUUUUAGGGAGCCAAAGCUGGUGUUGGGCAAGGCCGGUGCUGGUGGUGCAAGACCACGAGAGGCCGAGGUUCAGCAAACGUUGGUCAGACCACGAUCUCUGCUGGCACCAGCAGCGACCUCCACAUCUGAAAUAAGGACAAAAAUGGCCCUUGAAGCUGAUCUACCCUCUCGCUGCUGAAUUUAUUGCAACAUUUUCUCAGUGCUGAACACCUGAGGGGAAGGCUUUAUUUUUUGGUACAGUGCUUAAAGGAAUGACAGCAACGUCCGUCAUCAUCUGGGGCUGUUUUCAUGGGUGCAAGAGUCAUUUAAGCACAGUUUAAAAUAUUACAGGUUUUGUUUGUUUCGGUGUGAAUUGCUUCUCCUCAAUCUCAUUGUAAAUAAUCCCAGUUGAAAAAAAAAAAAAAAAAGAGUAUUAAAAA